AUCGCUCCAUCCCUGAGUCAUUGCCACCGUGGAUGGGACGGGAUCAUGGAGACCAUUCUGCCUCUCCUGCUUCUCCUUGUGGCCUCAGGCACAGCGGUCCAGGGAGGCAUAAACCUGAGCGGGAAGGUGUUCGUAUUCCCGAGAACGUCGUCCGAUUCCUACGUGACCCUGUCGCCUCAGCUGGACAAGGCCCUGAGGAACCUCACCGUGUGUCUCCGAGCUUACUCGGAUCUUGACCGUUCCUACAGCCUCUUCUCCUUCGCCACCCACGUCAACAGCAACGACAUCCUCCUCUUCAAGGAGGAGGGAGCCGCGAUGUUCAGCGUGUCCAUCGGCGGAGAGGCCGUCUACUACACAGCCAAGGAGACCUACCCCGCUCCCAGGCACUACUGCUUCACCUGGGAGUCCGCCUCCGGCCUCGUCCAGCUCUUCCUAGAUGGGAAUCCCCUGGUGAGGAAAGGUUUACAGAAGGGAUACGUGGUGACCAGGGGUGUCCGCAUCAUCCUGGGGCAGGAACAGGACUCUUGGGGAGGGGGAUUCGAAGAGAAGCAGUCCUUCGUCGGAGAGAUAGGGGAUGUUUUCAUGUGGGAUUCGGUGUUGACCCUGGACCAGAUCAGGGCUGUGGACAGCGGGGGAAUCACUAACCCGAAUUUCCUGGACUGGCACGCAAUGACCUAUGAGGAGAAAGGCUACGUGGUCAUUGCACCUCAUAUGUGGUAUUGAGGAGGGGGUCAGCGGACCCUCGCGGCUGCAGCUUGUAGAGGAGUUCCUUGGUGGGAGGCACCAUGUCCUUCGGUCAGUUGAUUGUAUUUAUUGAGCGCUUACUGUGUACAGAGCACUGUACUAAGCGAUUGGGAGAGUACUAUGUGAUAAUAAGUGGACACGUUCCCUACCCAAAAUGAGCUAACAGUCUAGAGGAUCGUGUCCGAGCCAUCUGCCGUCGCGCCUGCCCCGGUGCUCAGUACAGCGCGUGGCACAUAGUGAGCGCUCAGCAAAUACUGCAAAUGCUGCGGCAAUCAUUUGGUUGAACUUUCCCAAGAGCUCAGUAUAGUGUGCUGCACCCAAGGGGCAUUUGAUAAAUAACACCGCCCUACAAACCCAGGGGUUGGAUCUACUAACUCUACUGUUCUCUCCCAAGUGCUUAGUGUACUGCUGUGCAAACAGUUGAUGAUCAAUAAAUA